AUGAUAGCUCAUAAAUUAGCAGUCUACCUGGCAAACAACAUCUACUUUACCCAAGUGAAGCUCGCUAUGAAACGAUUCCAAUAUGGACCUGGGUUUGGGAUCAGCACCGAAUCUCUGAAUUAUACACAGAUCUGCGAAUACGCUAAAACUUCGACCGAUUCGGAAAUGACAUCACUCUUCUCGAGAGAAGCACAAAUUUGUCCCAAAUCUUCUAGCCUUGGUCUUUGCAUAAGGAUGCAAGACAUUGUGCUUGCCAACGACAAAGAAGACUUGACAACAUUGCCACAGUAUACUGGAAAACUGCAUUCACCGGAUCUUCGUCCCCCCUGGAUCCUUCAAAUAUGCUCACACGUAAAGCUGUGUGAUCCGAUGCCUAUGUGCCACAUCAGCAGUCUCUUUAAAAACCCACAAAAAUCUGAAGAGAAACCCGAAGAGAAACCCGAAGAGAAACCCGAAGACGACAACUAUUAUUCCCCCCGAUGCGACAUCUGCAACACAGAAUGCCGUAUUGAGAUUCGAAAAUUUGACAACAAAAUUGCUCUUAUCGUCACAAAGUGGGUCGGCUUGGGGUUCGGAAUCACCAGGGACCUAACAUGGAGCCACCAAGCGUCUAUUUGCGGGGAUGAUACGAAGGCUGAGGUCAGAGAGAGCCCCUCUUCACACUUUGAAGAUAAAGCCCCCGAUUCGUUUCAGAGCUCGAUAUCUCGCAACCUCUCCUAUCUCAAAGAUCAGCAAUACCGAAAAGACGUUCGAUUUGAUUCACACGAUUUAUACCAACUACCUAUCUGGUGCAAGACAUUCAAAGAAGCUUCAAAAACGACCGAAAUGGACUCGAGGAAUUAA